AUGAAUUCUGUACCGUCGCCUCCACCUCGAUCUCCGGAUCGACUUCUGCCCGGCGCUGCAGCAGUCCGUUCGUGGGGUUCAGCAUCACCGCCGCCUCAGGGUUCUUCGCACCUGUCUGUCUCAGACCAAAGCGAAUACUCGGAGGGCAGUGGCCAACAUCAGCCGACCAGCCGAUUCCAACAGCCGGCCCCGAUGGAUCCUACCGCGGCCGGCUAUGUUGCCGAGAUUCACGGAAUGCCUGAAGAACAGCGCAACGUCCACCAGCUUCCGGAUGACCAAGUUCAACCUCGAGCCUCUCACCAACGGAACAUCUCCGGAGUGUCCGGCCCAUCUGCUGAUUCGGCCGGAGGACCAUAUUAUUCUGGCCAGCAGUCUGCACAGGAGUCAUAUGAACUGCCCGGCCAAAGUGCUGGGCCUGCAGCAGCGCAGUCGGGGGCUGGGUACCGUGGCGUGGAUCCCGAAGUUCCCCUGCAUCAGCGAGUGCCCAUCCGAGCUGGCCAUAUCAGGCCUUCCACCAAUUUCUGA